UCCAUUCCUCCUCUGUUUCUUGGAUACAAACCGACUGACACCCUCUAGUUCAUUAGCAUAGGCUCUCCGUGCUUCCUCUGCUUUGUAACCAUGGUGGUUCUUGCCAAGGGCGAGCUGGAGCAGAUCGCGCUCCCGGCCGUGCACAAGACGGCGCCGCCGCUGGCCGACGUGCCGGAGGUCGACCUUGCCGUGGCGGGUAGCGGCUCUGAUGGACGGGCGGCCGCCGCACGCGCGGUGGCGCUGGCGUGCGAGGAGCACGGGUUCUUCAAGGUGACGGGCCACGGCGUGCCGGCAGAGCUCCUGACGCGCGUCGAGAACGCCGCUGCCGCCUUCUUCGCGCUCUCGCAGCGGGACAAGGAGGCGGCGAUGUCGGCCGCGACGCCGGGCAGUCCGUUCGGCUACGCAAGCAAGCGGAUAGGCAACAACGGCGACCUCGGGUGGGUCGAGUAUCUCCUGCUCGGUGUCUCCGCCGCGACCAGCGGGCCACUGUCCGUGCCCGAAGGGGUGGUGCCGUCAGCGUCGCUCUGCUCUUUCCGCGACCUUCUGAACGAGUACACGGUGGCCGUGAGGAGGAUGACCUGCCAGGCGCUGGAGCUGAUGGCGGAGGGCCUGGGCAUGGACGACAGGGACGCCUUCACCAGGCUGGUCCUGCACAAGGAAAGCGACUCGAUGCUGCGGGUGAACCACUACCCGCCGCGCCCCGAGCUGAAGCUCCUGCAGCAGCAGCAGCAACACGGCGGCGGCGGCAGGGUCACCGGGUUCGGCGAGCACACCGACCCUCAGAUCAUCUCCGUGCUCCGCUCCAACGCCACCUCUGGCCUCGAGAUCGCGCUGCGCGACGGCGCCUGGGUCUCCGUGCCGCCGGACCAGACCUCCUUCUUCGUCAACGUCGGCGACGCCUUGCAGGUGCUGACUAACGGGAGGUUCCGGAGCGUGAGGCACCGGGUGAUGGUGAACAGCGUCCGGCCGCGGGUGUCGGUGAUCUUCUUCGGCGGCCCGUCGCCGCGGGAGACGCUGGCGCCGCUGCCGCAGCUCGUCGGGGAAGGCGGGCGCAGCCGGUACAGGGAGUUCACAUGGCGGGAGUACAAGGCCUCGGCGUACCGGACCAAGCUGGCGGCGAACAGGCUCUGCCACUUCGAGACCACCAGCUAGCAGUCUAGCUAGCAUGCGAUUGCUUUGGCCUUUUUUGUUUUGGUGAGGAUGUGUGAAACUUUGUGUGCACGGCGGCAGGGGUUUUUUGCUAGUGUGUUCCUAGUGACCGGUACAUACGCCCGGUAAGGUUUUUGUGUUGAUAUAUGCUGCAAAGCAUUCUGUAGGUCCCGUUCGAGUUGGAGGCAUCAGGUGAAGUAUAGUGAAACGGUUCUGGAUGUAUGUGUUUGGUUGGUUGAAUAUACCGAAGGUGGAAUGUGUCAUGGUUAUUUUUCUGAUAUAGUGUAUGUGGUGUGUAUGGAGAUGUGUAGAUGCUACCGAAAAUGUAAAUGGGUGUACACACAAGAAAUUA